CAGUGAAAUUCCUCUGAAAAUGCGAAAGGUUGCAUUUAGUGAGGCUUAUAUCUGGAGCAAGCACGCUAGAAACCCGGGAUGUGCACGUUCCUGUUUUUGCUGGCGCUGUGCAUCGCUGGAACAUCAUCACUGAAAAUAUGUUCAUUCAAUAUAAGGUCCUUUGGGGAAAACAAACUAAAUAAGCCAGAAGUUUUGGAGGUCAUAACAAAGUGCAUCACUCGCUGUGACAUCAUGCUCGUUAUGGAAAUCAAAGAUGCCAAGGGUCAGGUUUUUCCACAGCUUGUGGCCCACAUAAACAGCUUCCACAGAGGAUUCGGUAAGAAGAAGACGGAGUUUGAUUAUGUAAUCAGUGAGAGAUUAGGAAGAAAGUCAUACAAGGAACAAUAUGGAUUUAUUUACAGAAGGAAACUGGUGUCAGUGAGGGCCAGGUAUCAGUACCCGGACAUGCGGACUGGAGAUGAGGAUGCUUUUUCCCGCGAACCAUUCAUCAUCUGGUUUUCAUCUCCCAGAACCGCUGUGAAGGAAUUUGUAAUAAUUCCCAUCCACACCACACCAGAGGUGGCCGUGCAAGAGAUUGACAAGCUAUAUGAUGUCCAUCAACAUGUGAGACAACACUGGACAGCCAAGAACUUCAUCUUCAUGGGAGACUUCAACGCGGCUUGCAGCUAUGUCGCCAAGAAGCAGUGGAAGAACAUCCGCCUCCGGUCGGACAGCAGCUUUAUGUGGCUCACCGACGACAAGACGGACACCACCGUGAAGGAGUCCACAAACUGUGCCUAUGAUAGAGUGGUUCUGCAUGGGGAGAACUUGAUUAAGGCGGUUCGCCCAGACUCAGUGGAGGUGUUUGACUUCAGGACUGCCUACGGACUCACAGAGGAACAAGCCCUGGCAGUGAGUGACCAUUUUCCUGUGGCCCUCACAAUCAACAGAGGCCGCCAGAGGGGCAUCAGGACUGGUACCUUCACUGGAUAAACCACGCCCCCCAAAGACACAAUAAGAGCCAGAGCUUAAAGAGCCUGGGCAAUAAUGAUUAAAGCGUUACAUUUCAGAGGA